AUGGAAGAUUUUAAUGAUGAUGACAUCAGUAUUUUUGUAGGAAAAUUUGAGACAGAAAACUAGAAUUCAGUGGUAGACUCAAUUAUGAACCAAAAAUAAUCUUAAGGAUCGAGCUGUAAUAAUAUAUUGAAAAAUUUAGAAAUAAUUAUCCUACAAUAAGCAAUUAGAACAAAAGAAGAAUUAAACAAGCAAAUAAUUCCUAUAUUAAAAUAUCUCUAGAAUAAAAAUCUGCAAUAUGGAGAUUUGGAAAAAUAAAAUUAAGAACUAAUAAUACUUUAGGAAUAAUCUAAAUAAGAUAUCUAGCAGUUAUAAGAUUAAAUUUCAGAGAGGAAUCAGAAAAAUGAUGAAUUAAUGGACUAAAUUUCUUAGUUGGAAGAUGAUAUGGAAAAAUUGAAAAUGCAAUAAAAAUAUUUAGAGUCUCAACAGCAGAAUAAACUUUUAUAAAACUAUUAAUCUCAAGGGGAAAGUCAAUGGUUUUAGCAAACUCAAAUCAUCACUAUUCAACAAUAAUUACAAGACAAGGAGGAAUUAUUGAAAAAAAUUGAAAAAGACCUUGAAGAAAUGGAAAAAUCUAAAAAAAAGGUCGAUUAGUAAAACAAAGACAUUCAAAAUUAGUUAGACUUGAUUACUUAAAGAAAUAAGAAUUUGAUGAAGGAAUUAGAAAGGUACAAGCCAGAAGUAACUGAUAAUUCAAAAAAAUAAACUAUGACUAGGAACAAAACACUUGGAGCAUUUAAUACCAGGGAUAUUAUCUAAAAAUAAAGACUGUAAAAUGAUUUAACUAGUUAAAAAAAAUUGGAGCAGAUUAAAAAUUAGGAAAUAGAUAAUGCUAAUAAUUCAGAUAAUUAAGAGGAGAUUGAUACCUAAUCAAAGACAACUUUAAAAUAAGAUAGCGAAUAAGCUUAAGCCUCCGUAGUAAAUUCAUAGAUAAUUAUGGAGAAAGAGCAAAAAAUAGUGGAAUUAGAAAAAAUAAAAAUUGAAUUGGAAUAGAAAAUAACAGAAUUAGAAUGUGAAAUUAAUGGAAUCAAAUCUAAUAAUAAAAAAGUUACAUUCCAAAUUACUAAACUUGAAAAAGCAGUCGCAUUUGAAAAAGAACAAAAUACAAAAUUAAGGGAAGAAAAGGCAACAAUGGAACAGGACAUGAAGGCUGAAAUUGAAAUGAGAAAAAAAGAAAAUAUUGGAUUAAAAAGGAUGUCAGUUAAAAUUAAUUAAAACGAUGUUGGAGCUAGUCUAAUAAAUGCAGAUGAAUUAAAUUUAAAAGAAAAAUUUUUUUAAUUGUCAAGAGAUUUACAAGCAACAAAACAAUAAAAUGAAAUGUAAAUUGAAACAUAUGAAAAACAAAUUACUUAAUUAAAAACUUAAAUCGAAAUAUAUGCAAAAAAUAAUUUAGAAAAAGAAAAUUAAGUGCUCGAGUUAUAAAAGAAUUUGUAAUUGGCUUUGGAAGAAAAGGAAAACUAAAAAAGUUAAAUAGAAAAAUUGGCUGACAGCAAAAAUUUCGAUGGAGAGUCUACUUUGAAAGAAUCCUGUUGUAAAAAGCUAAAGCAGAAAUUGAAAUAAAAGACCUUUAAUUACAAGAACAACAUUCGAAUUAAUUAAUAGAAAUAAUCAACAUUAUAGAAACUUAUAAUAAAGAGAACCUUUAGAUUAAUUAAUAAUUAUAAUAGUAGAUUCAGUUGGUUGAAGAGUUGA